UCAGAGUAAUGGCGUAUAGCGAGAGAGGGACACUCCCUCUGCAAGUAGGGGAGGUUUAGUCUGGGCUCACCGCGAGACGUGUCAGUGGAUUAACCCAACAAUAACCCUAGGAUACUAAUGAACUUUUCCUCUAACCAAAAUGGCAGCUGUAAACAAUAUUCCUCGUGACAUACAAGACAGUAUUCGCGAUGUGGUUGACAGACGUAUGAAAUUCAGCAUUAAGCGUAUGGUCAGGCAGGAAGUGCGCCCUGAAAAGCUCGAAAAUAGAAUCCUGGCCUUUUCACCAUGCCGCCUGUUUGUGCUGGCAGCCCGAGUGCCUACAAAGCUGGAGCAAAGUUUCCACUUCCUAGACAUUCAAGCAAUAGAAAGCAGGAAGCCCAACCAGAUGACGUUGACGGUGGAGGGGAAAGGUUACACGUUUGUUACUCUGGAACCAGACACGGAGGAGAUAGAUCACAUGGUCACACACGUUGGGAAGUCGCUCAAGCAGAUCUUCCCUUCAUUUCCAUUAGAACGGUUAAUAGUCAAACUAGAAGUGACACCUCCUGAAAGGUUGAAAACAAUGUACGACAUGAUCAAAGAAAUUGAAGGCAAAGAAGUGGGACCGUGUGGAGGCUAUGCAUCGAUGUAUGCCUGUAUGUGUGACUACCAUUCCUUACCCUACAGGGAGGAAGUGGCGUGGGAUGUAGAUACCAUAUACCUAUCUCAGGACUCCAGGGAGCUGUGCUUGCGAGAUUUUGACCAUUUAAAUGGAAAGGACCUGGUGCCAAUCAUAUCGGCUCUCGAGCAUAAUUGCUGGUUUACUAAAUUAAAUGCAAACAAUGUCAAACUGACAUCCGAAGCUGCCAAUGAGAUUUUACAAGUGAUGAAGCGUAAUUCUGUGAUAGAGGAAUUGGGACUCUGCAAUACAGGAAUCAAAAUAGAUUUUAUACAGAAACUGUCAACUGCCUUAUUGUCUAACAGUGGUACCCAGCUGUGUCGAGUCGACCUGUCAAAUAACUUCCUAGAAGAUAGAGGUGUGCAUCACCUGAUGGGCUCGUUAAGUAACCAGGCCAAGGGGCUGGUGUACCUGGAUGUCUCCAAGACAGGGAUGACAACGAAAGGCCUUAACAGGAUAGCUGAUACGAUGGGGGGAAGUGCCUGUAUCCCAAACACCCUCCGGACCCUCAAGCUGGCUGAGAAUGGACAAAAGGGAGAAGAUCUAACGCAAGUUUUCAACUUUCUGGCCCAUCCGAAUGGCCUGACUCACCUUGAUCUAUCCCACACCGACUGUACCCUUGAUAUGUUGUUCGGAGCCCUGCAGCGAGGAUGCUGCACGAGUUUGAUCUACCUGAAUGUCUCUCACGUGACCUUCACCCACAAGAAGAUGAAGGAUGUCCAGGUUCCGACCAGCCUCAAGCAGUUCUUUGCUACAGCGUGUAUGCUGGAGCACGUCAACCUGUCCAGUACAAAACUUCCCCCAGAAGCAGUCAAAGAGUUGCUGCUUGGAAUAUCCUGUAAUAGACACAUACACAACCUUCACCUUGACCUCAGCAGCAAUGACCUUCAAGGGCAGGGAACACAUAACAUUGCGGGUUGCAUCAGUGAGAUUAAAAACCUCGCCAGUCUGGACAUCAGCAACAAUGGGUUUGAUUCCGACCUCAAGUUGCUGUUACCAGAUAUAGCCAAAUGUCAGUCACUGAGGCACCUGGCAAUAGGACGAAACUUCCAGGGAGUCAAACCAAAGAACAUGUUGUCAGUCCUUGACCCUGUGGUGCAGCUUAUUCAAGAAGAGGAAAGUUCUCUGGAGUCUUUGUCCCUGGCGGACUCUCGUCUAAAGGCGGACACAGCCUACGUCAUCAACGCCCUUGGCAGCAACACCUCACUCAUCACCAUCGACCUCAGUGGAAAUAUAAUGGGGGACAUCGGGGCGAGGAUGUUGGCGAAGGCCCUGCAGAUCAACACCAAACUCCGCACCAUCCUCUGGGACAAGAACGGUACCACAGCUCAGGGAUUUGAAGACAUUGCUGAAGCUCUGGAGAAGAACUUCUCAUUACACAAGAUGCCGUUCCCUGUGAACGAUGCCUCUGUCACCAUGAAGACGCAGCCCGAGAAGACAGAGACUGCUUUGCAGAAAAUUGAGUCCCUGCUCCAGAGGAACCACAGCCCCGAGAAGUGUGCAUCGGACCAGCUGUACCGCCUGCAGCAGGGCUUCCUCAUCAGCUCCACACAGCAGAUGGUCGACAGACUGGUCGUCCAAGUUCAGGACACUGUGAACGCCCUCAGCUACAGCCCCAGUGAACACUUCAAGGAAGACAUUGAACUGGCAGGACGUGUAGUCAAGGAUGCUGACAACUCAAAACAGCUGUUGCCAAGGUUACAGAACAUAGCGAUCAAGUCCCAGGAUCCUGAUAACCCGGUGGAGUUGAAGCUGCAAGAGAUCGCCAACAACCUGCGGCGUGAGAUGGAGAACCAGAUGAAGAAAACAAUGGUGGCUAUGCUGGAAUGUACCACAACACACUGUUCAGCUGCCAUGGAUGAUGAGGGUUUCAAGUCAUCAUUGAAAGAGACCUGUGAAGAAAAGAGUAAUCUCCCUCGAGACUUCACCAAAUCGGUAUUAGAUGGUGUUGGCACCGACAUCUUCAACAAACUCAGUGAACUGAAUCUUGCUGUGGCGGCACACAUUUCUGACCAGGUCAUUGAAGAGGUCAUAGAAAAUUUGUCCAAAAGCCACAAGACACUGACAAACCACCUGAAUCUGAAACUCAGUGGAAGUUACAAGGAAUCUCCCUCCAAGUCUACUGUCAAGACAGAUACUGACAAUGACAAAGAUGAGAAAAGAACUUCAACCGUUGGGCCGUGUUUAUACACAGGGACAAACUACCUACACGGGUCUCCGAAGUUAACAAGCAAGAGAAAAAGUUUAUAUGGCAGGAAGCUUCGGCCCCAGUCUGUCAUAGACCGUGAGCGUGUUCUCAAAGCUUUGCAAAUGCAAGAUAUAGACAUCGGUGACCCCAAACCCUCAUCUGCAGUUGAUGAUGUUGCUGCUGCUGCUGCUGCUUGUGCAGACACUGAAGAUGACCUGUCGGACCUGAACUCCAGCGUACAGGAUGGUAAGCUGGGUCGCCUGGAGGAGGAAGUCAAGAGUAAAGGACCAGCCCCAGUGCCAGUAUCUUUCGACACCCUGGAUUCCCCCGACAGUCCGCAUCCUCCCCCUUCACUGCAGCAUCUCAACAAGGCGCGGCCCAAGCGCAUGAAGAACAAGCCCCCAACACGACCAGUGGCGCCGAGUGUUUUGGAGGAGACUGAAACUGAUGGUGUCAAUGCCUUCUACAAGAGUCUUCCAGCAUCGAAGGACAGUUUGGUUUCGAGUAGCGGUGAUGCUCCAAAGUCAAGGAAGGAAUCCACAUCAAGUCCCAAAGAAGAGCAAUCAAAACCUGAAGGCAAGAAACGGACAUGGUUCUCAAAGGACAAAGAUAAAAGUUCUUCCAAGGAAAAGGACAAAAAGGAAAAAUCAUCCAUUGCAUCCGGUUUCUCCAACUUCUUCCAUCGGAAAACUAGUGGCGGCAAGUCAGCAGAUGUGAAUGGAAAGGACAAGAAAUCUGAGUCUAAGACAGACUUAAAGGCAGAGGUGAAGCCGGAGGAACCUAAGAAGGUGGAUGUGCUCAAUCAGAGCAAGGACAAACCAGAACCUGCCAAACCUCCGGAGGUCAAACCAGAGGUCACAAAACCUAAAGAAACAAAGCUUGAGGCUUUGAUGCCCAAAGUACAGAAAGUUGAAGCUUUGAAACCUAAAGAAACAAAGGUCGAGGCUUUGAAGCCCAAGGACCCAAAAGUUGAAGCUGUGAAACCUAAUGAGGUGAAAGAAUCUAAGGUUGAAGCUUUGAAACCUAAAGUGCAGAAAGUUGAAGCUUUGAAACCAAAAGAAACCACUGUUGAAGCCUUGAAGCCCAAAGAUCCAAAAGUUGAAGCUGUGAAACCUAUUGAAGUGAAAGUGGAAGAAACAAAAGUGGAGCCUUCGGAGUCUAAUGUUGAGACUGUCAAACCAACAGAGGCAAAGCUUGAGGCCUUAAAGCCGAAGGAGACUCUUGAAGCCACAAAACCUAAAGAUACAAAGGUUGAACCCAAAGAAUCCAAGGAUGAGAAACCACAGCCUCCAGAGGAACCCAUCCCGAGUGUAAAGACUGAGGCAGUGACUGAGCCAACAUCGAAGACUGAGGCAGUGACUGAGCCAACAUCGAAGCCGAAAGAGGUAGAGGUGACCAAUGGAGAGAAGGAGGUGACUCAGGAGACAAAGACUGUAGAAGUGAAGACAGAUGGCGCUCCAUUGGCUGAAGCGGAGGACACGAAGGACGAGGAGGAGGAAUCAGACGCUACACACAAGCUCCCUGCAGGGAUUCCCAAGAUCGGCCUUGGCGGGAACUUGUUGGCUGAGAUGAAGCAGAAACAGGAGAAGAGGUUGUCCCAGAGAUUCCCGCCUAUGGGACCUGCUCCCGCCGUGCCUGCUGAGAAGGGGAAGCCAGAAACCAACAACAACAUCGGCGAGAAGUCGGACCCUGCCAAAGGCGGGGACAGUACAGAAGAGAAGAGGCCCCCGGCACGGUCAGCGACAGUGGUCACCAAGAACCCAAUACCUGCCCCACGUGGCCUGGCCGCAAAACGCCCAACGGUCAUAGCUUCCAGCCCGACCUCUGCUCCUGAUGGUGACGGCCCUGCCAAGGCUGCGGCUCGACCAGUGCCACCUAAGAAGCCCCCACAGUUGCCACCAAAACCCCGCAACAGCCUCCGAUUAGCUAAAGACUCUCCAGUUGAGGAGGAAGGAUCCUGUGAAAGUCCAGAGAAGAAGCCCGAGGAAGGUGUGGUGUACGACUCCGCCACGCUGCGACUGACGGUGAAGCAGAAGGCAAUGCGGCUGCAUGAUGGAACCAAGACACCCCCCUCUGUCAAGGCCAAGACAGGCUCCCUUCCCAGAGAUUCAGAUGCAUCUGAUGAUUCCAAGGACGACCUUAAGUCUGACAGUUCCGUCUUAACACCCGACGAAUGUGACAGCACACCAGGAAAUAUAAGCUCAGACUCUCAAAGUAAAGAGUUGGACUCUAAAUCAGGGGAGGCCACUCCAGAUAAGGAAAAUGGAGAUGAUAGCUGUCCAGUAGUUGAGAAGAAAAAAGGCCCUGAUGGCAAAGGUCCAGGACAACUGGUGGACAACUUGGCAGUGUAUCAACUAAGUGUGGAAUAAUUUAACUGGUCCGUCUGUUUCUUCCAUCUGGUCCUUGGGCUAUGACAUCCAUGCUGUCAAUUUCCAGCAGGGAGAUUGUGUAGAGUAGUGUCCCUUGCCGUGCCAGGAUCAGCUUGUUCACCUUGCUUGUGACUGGUGAAUGUACAUUGGAUACACUGGUAAUCAAGCUUACAAGCUAGGAUAACACCGAAGUACUGAUCAAGUGGCGUUACAACCAGACCUACACUUCCUCAUCGAAUCCACACUAAAUAUUAAAAAAGUGUUGAAGAUAGUUGAACAAAUGUUUGUACAGUAAGGCCUCUAAGGUAGUGAUGUCUGUGUAGUUGAAUUUAAGUUUGAAGAAAUUGUUCUUGACAUUUACAUGAUAUUAUGGACCAAAUCAAGGAACAAGAGGGCAGAUGCAGGAACCAAAAAAGGGUGCCACAUUGGAUCUAGCAUAGGCUUACUGUGACAUAUUAUUGACAGAUGGGGCGGCUUUUGCAGUGAUUAUGUUUCUGGCUUUGGCAGCACCAUUCCCAUGUUCUUUGGUUUCAUAAUAGCGGUAAAUAUAUUAGACCUUAAUCACUUCAAGUUUUUCUGCCUCAUUAAGUUGACACAUAGUGAAACAAUGUUGAAAUCAGUUAUAUACCAACUGACUCACUCACUCAUGGCAGAUUGUAUUAUGACACUUCCACUAUGGAACUGUAGGACUUUAUUUUGAAAAUGACCUACUCUCAAAAAAUGACAUGUUAAGGGAAAUAAUUAAUGUUCUACAGCCAGCAUAUAUUGAUAUAUAUAUAAAAUUUCCUUUUUUGACAAAAAUAUGAAAAAGGCUGAUCAGCAGAACAAGAAAUUAUAUAUUUUGGGGCAUAAAUGAAAUAUUUCCUUCAGUGAUUAUGUGAAACUGCCAUGGCUUGACUUAUCCAAUGAUUAUAUAGACUUUUUCCUCAGUAUAAGUUUCAUUUACAAGCAGUAUUGCAGAUUGUUGCAUGGAAGCAUAGGAAGGUUGGAGAGUCCCAUGUUAGGUCAAAUGUGGUAUUUUACUUAUCACAUGGGUUGUGUGUAAAUACGGAAUUUAUUGUACAGUGUAAAUAUAUAUAUUUCUAUAGAUAUAUUCAUCCAGCUUUAAGCACUUAUAUUGAUAUAUCUGCUUGAUCUACAAUUACAUGCAAAGGACCAUUUUUCAUGUUUAUAUGCUGAGUAAGCACAUUUUGUAAUCUCUUUAUUAUCCUUGUAUUGUGUUCAGUCAGAGUUAAGACGAGCUUCAUAUAUAUGGUAUAUAAAGAGAAGCCAUUCUAUGUGUCUAUGUUGUGAUGGUAUUGUGUCAAAAACCUUUACACCUAGUACAUGUUGCUGCUUCAUGUGUUCAACAUCUCACCUUAUAGGUGGAGCUUUUUAUGAGCCAGGACCUUGUAUGCAUUAGUCUUAACCAAGGCAAAUACAAAGCUGAAGAUCGUUCUUGUCAGAGAUUAAGGCUUGCCUUUCUUGUCAGAACAAUUAUAUGUAAACCACAUUUACAACCCAAAAUGUACCACAGUGACAUCUUUGUGGCCAUGAGCCUACGUAGGAGCCUGUUACUAUGGAAACCAUGGCUAGAAGAAGCUUUGUGAGAUAACUGUUCAGAUACGUUCAAACUUGCCUCAUUAAAUGGACAUAAUUGCUCAUCCUUGAAUGUUAAUCCACAAUUCUUCAUUGGGACAAUUUUACUUGGAACAAGGGUGUCUGGAUCACCAAUGUGACACUUAAAGAAACAGAAAAUUUGUGUUAUUCAUGUUUGGCAGGAAAUCAUUUGCGUACACUAAUGUAGUAGAGGAACACUUUGUUAUGGAUAGACAGCUUCUUUAUUGCAAUAGCUGCAGCGUUUCGGUGUAGAUCCUAACACUGCUGUCAAGCUAAUAAUGAUCUAUCCAUAAAACCGUGUUCCUCUUCAUCGUACCAGCUUCUAAAUGCCACUUAAGGAAGUUGUAAUGUUACAAUACGGAGAAGCAGCUUAACCACUCACUUGAUGUACUUAUCCCAGAAUAUACCAUACACAAUAAUGUCUACUGAUUCACACAACGUGCAGUACGAUGCGUACACUCCAGAAGACCACACUUUAUGCUAACAAGUACAUUAUUGCUGUAAAUCUGUUUUUUAACCUGUAUUUGAUACAUGUAAUUGCUUUGAAUUCUACUUAUAUUACUUAAACUGCAUGAUCUCCAAGAUACUUCAUUUUUAGCUGUAUUUAACAGGUGACAGGCUCAUGUGCUUAAUAUUUUGAUUUUGUUUAUGGUCAGGGAACCAAGUCAUACAUUUUGUGUUAAAUAUUCAGCCAACAUCUUUGUCAUUUAAGCUCCGUUCACGUUCUGUAGUGUGCAUGCAAGCUCCAUUCAUGUUCUGUAGUGUACAGGCAGUUCAGGAGAUGGAGGGGGUUUCUGUCAGGUGAGAAGGUACACCUGACAUUUAUAACUGAAGUCAGACAGGCUUUCAGGGGCAAGACGGGGAUGAAGAAGGCUAGUGUCAGGAUUAAUUUCAUGUUAAUUUUAAAGUUAAUGUAAAAUUUAAAAAAUAUGAAUCAGGAUGAUGGUUAAAGACUUGUUUUCAUAUGACUGAAGAGGCUCUAAGAGAAACAUAAACAAGGUAAACAUAUUGAAACUUAACAUUUCAAUUCCAACUUUCACACAUUUUGUAAGUCCUUCGUAAACAAGUUAGAAAAUGAUCUCUUAUUUAAGUGUUUCUUAUUGUGUUGUUUCAAUAAAUGUUACCUGGAUUAACGUUUUUGUUGAUUUCAGUGGGGAUAAAAAAUAUAGACUUAACUAUGGUAUAAUGCUCAGUAUUAAACAUUGUUUUAAACUUUCUACUGUGCCACAAUGAUGCUUCACUAAUGAAGAUGCAUGAAUCAUUGUCUGCCAAACCUGAUUAAAGCCUGUCUUGUACUUUGGCAGCCUGUAAAUAUCACAAGAUCAUUUGAUAAUCACUAUUUAAUCUCAGGAUAGUAUUGUUUUGGUGAAUGUGGGCUUCAUAUAUUUUACUGUUGUCUUGUGUCCAUGGUAACAGUGCCAGUAGUGGUAAUUCAAGCUGCUGUAUUUUUUUCGCUUUUAUGAACUGUUGUAUUUCUUGUAAUUGUUUGUAAUUUUUCAUGUUGAAAUGAUUGUAUUUUAAAUAAUUUUGUUUCAUUUUUUGACAGUAUGACUUCAUCAUUUUGAUAUUGAUUGCACCAGAGUGUCAAUGAUAUUAUAGAAAAAACAAACAUAUUCUUCAUGUGAGCUGAACCGCAGAGAUAUCACAGAUUGUUUCAUAAAUAUGAUUUGAUUUUUCAUGAUAUUGGAAUUAAAUUUCAUUUUCAAAUUCUUAGAAUUGAUCUGGUUGAAAUAGUCAACGGUGAAUCUCUAUCAUCAGAUCUGGAUGAAAAUCGGAAUUGACAUGAAAAGCUAUUUCAACAUUUUAUUCCAUGUAAAUGUUUUGACCAACGGCUAUGUUAAUAUCUGCCUUUCUUAAUUAUGUGCCUUCUAAAUUCUCCUACUUGUACAUACUUAUGUUUCUGUUUUGUACAUCUUUUUUUAAUAUAAUUUGUGUUCAAAACACAGUACAAGCUGCUUGAUUGAUGAAGAUAUUCAUCUCUAUAUUUCGUUCUUCCUCCGAUAUUUUAGUUGUAUUAUAUUUUAUAAAUCUGAAAUUGAAAAAGUGCUGCUAUUGUAAGUUCCAUAUUUCCCUUGUUUGGGGUUAAAGAGGUAAUUUGUCAGUGUCAUGUUAAAUGUUUAAUUGAGUUAACAUGUCACGACGACCCACAAAUGGUCAAGUUUGCAUUGAUUUAUUUUCAGUAAAAGGAUAGUUUUAAAAUAGAGAGAUAAUAAAUCUGGGAUUGUUUUUAAAUAAAUAACACUCUGAUGAUAACAAGGACAGUAAUAUAUUGAUUAUUAAUCAAAAGAAGUUAUAGAUCCCUUUGUUUUCACAUGCCUGUAGUUACUCUGCAGUUGAUCAGUAAGUAUGGUCAUGUGAAACAAUUCAGUGUUCUUCACAUCUUUUGAGUGGAAUAUGAUCUGUUCAGGAAUAUUGUAUACAGUACAAAUCUGCUGAUUAUUUCUAAAACAGUGUAAAACUCAGUCACUCUCUCAAAUAACAGACAAAUUUAAUUAUAUGAAACAAUUAAGUGUUGUGUAACUCCUUCAUAGUAAUAUAUAUCCACAUUCAGUUGAUGAUAAGAUUUUGCUCCCUGUAAUGUGGAACCUGUUUAGUGUGGACUCCUCUCCUAUCAGACCGUUUCUUUGUAUAGCCUGUGUAACAUGAACUAGUUAUCCAGAACCGGUGAAUUCUGAUGAUAUCAUUGUGAAGCAGAUUAGUGGUGUUAAUCUCUCCCUUAUGUUACCAUUAUGUUAUGUCUUGUGUAUGUCAACACACGGUGCUUCUAUAGAUGCCUUAUUAAGCAUAAUUUGAUAAUUAGGGUUGUAAGACCACAAUUAUCUCCAAACUGAUCCAGCUGUGUUUAUUUAAUGAUCAUUUGAGUAUAUGUGUAACAUGUAUACUAUUGUGCUGUCACUGGUGGAGUUCACCCUGUUCAGUCUGUUAGGAUUUAUUAUUAUUAUUAUUCAUUAAGUUCAGCUUAUGAAUAAAAUAAAGUGUUACUUGUGGUAAGUGCAUGCGAUUCAGCAGAUACGUGCAACUCAAGCCACACUCUGGCAUGAAGUCAUCUUCUACAUAUCUGAAAACAAAUAUUUAAUUUGGAUUUGCCUUUUUUAUAAUUGUUUUGUUUAACAAGCCUCCUGUAGAUAAGAUACAUCAUACACAUGUGUCAUAUAGUGCAGAAGGUUUGUGAAACAGGUGUUGACAGGUCUAUACUUUGUAUACUUGUAUUAAGUUGUGCGAUUGGUUUUAAAAUAAAACUUGUUCCUUUUUUAAGUAAUUUUAGGAGACAAUGAAUGGAAAUGACAAAAAGUCUUUUUUGACAGAUGUUAAACCUUCAUUUUCUAGAUCGUACUUGAAGGAUAUCUGUAUGUAAUGAUUCAUUCAUGUAUGUACUUAUUUUAUUUUAUAAUUGUUAGAUUUUAAAUGUUAGGACAAUGUAGUAAUAUUAAAUUAUGUGUAAGAGGUUUGAGCAUUUAGAACUAGUAAAAGGUAAUUACGAGAAUUAUGACACGAGAAUAGACGCAUGGAUAGUGAUGAAGUACGAAGUGGUACCACACAUGGCUUGGCCUUGUAUCUGCAUGUGUUUUAUAUAGUGUUAUUGUGCAUGUGUGUUUAACUCAGUGUAUCACAUUAUUUUUCUCUCCAAUGUGUAUUUGUAACCUUGUACAUACAUAUAUACCAUAUACAUUAUGCAACCCAAUCAUGACAGGUAGGAAUUUCCGUUAUACUUUAAAUUGUACCAGAAUGGAAAUAAAUAAAUCUGAAAAUAA